GUUUGCUGUAGUUAUUUUUAUCCAAUUUCUUUCCAUUAAUUGCAAAAAGAAAGACAUGGCUGAGGCCCUAGUGGGAAAAGCAAUUCUGAAUGCAACCCGUCGCGUGUUGUUUGACAGAUUGGCAUCUCGAGAGGUUCUGGACUUCAUCCGGGGAAGAAAAGUCUCUGAUACACUGCUAAAGAAGUUGGAGACGUCUUGUCUUGCCCUUAACGCAGUGCUCAAUGAUGCAGAGGAAAAAGAAAUCACUAACCCAGCUGUGAAAAAGUGGCUUGAUGAGCUCAAAGAUGCUGUCUAUGAUGCAGAGGACCUUUUGGAUGAGAUUGCUACUAAAGCUUUGCAGUGCCAGUUGGAAGCUAAGAGUAAGUUCUUACAGGUCAUUCAGCACAUGGACAGCUGCUCUUGGAUUUGCUCAAUGAGGCUGCUGCCAUAUGAGCUGAGCUUGCUGCCACUAGAGGUGCCAGCUCCACCCUUGGAUCAGCCAUGAUUGCCCUUUGGCAAUACGCUACAAAAAGGGGAGUGCAUAGU